AUGAAGAGCAGGAAAGAAGGCAGAGGGAUCACCAAAGCUGGAAGAUGGACCUCACGGCUGCACAGGACACAUCUUCCGCACUUCGACGCGAUCUUGAAAGAAUUCGGAACGAACUUGAACAGCAAAGAUGAGAAGAUCCGCCAUUUGGAGUACCAGCUGCAAAGCUACGAAGAAAGUAAUGUCCGUAUGGCUGAAGUGGUAUCGGACUUGGCCUCAAACGAGAACAAAGUUGUACGUAGCGCAGGUGCACAUCUCACUAAUGUUGCUCAGGUGCAGACUAUGUCGCCGAUGGCUAAGGUUUGCUUGAUUUUGAGAACAAUUUAUCGUGGACCCUUUAUGUUGCUAUAUUUCACAGGUGAAAUCUCGAGAUGCUCAAACGGAUUUAACUCGAACUUUCUUGGCUCAGAUGGAAUGUGA